GUGUCAACAAAUGUCAAAUCAAAUAUAAAAUAAUAUAUUUUUGACCAGUUCCUUUAAAGAGUAAAUAAACAGAAUAAAAUGUCAGAAAAAACCGGGGUAGUGGCUCCUCGCAGAGAGAUAACCGGCCUUAAUCGCAUGACGUCCAAGGGCCUGAAGGAACUCUGCAAGAAGGACAAGCUGUAUCAGACACCACGUCUAAACGAUGUACUCUAUUUGCACUAUCAGGGCUAUCAGAGCAUCGAGUGCUUGGAGGAGUACACAGAGCUCAAGUGCCUGUGGCUAGAAUGCAAUGCGAUUUCCGAAAUCCAGGGCUUGGAACAACUGACCAAACUGAAGUGUCUCUUUCUGCAAAACAAUCUGAUCACAAAGAUGGAGAAUUUAGAACCAUGCAAAGAGCUAGAUACUUUAAAUCUAAGCUCAAAUCAUAUACGCAAAAUUCAAAACAUUGGGUCCGAUAUUUUGCCAGUUUUGAACACCCUCAACAUUUCAUCAAACUAUCUGAAGGACUGUGAGAGCCUUUCAGACUUGGUUCAAUGUAAAACUCUGUCGGUGCUGGACCUAUCGAACAACCGAAUAGACGACAUAUUGAUUGUGAAAGUGUUCGAGCAGAUGCCUAGUCUGAAGGUUUUGGUGUUGCAAGGAAACCCCGUAGUUUCUAGACUACCCCAGUAUCGUAAGACAUUGAUACUGGCCUGUAAAGAGCUUACUUAUUUGGAUAGUCGUCCUGUGUUUCCCCGUGAUCGGGCGUGCGCUGAGGCUUGGAAGAAAGACGGCUACGAAGGAGAACGCAAGGAAAACAACCGUUGGAACCGGGCUGAACGCAGAAAAAUACGCGAGAGCGUUAACUCUACCAUACGCAUGCGCAAUCGUCACCGCCCUCCUGAUCAGCAGGAUCCUUUACUGAGGUCCAGCGAUUCUGAAGACGACACAUGUGCCGAAAGGAGCCGCAAGAGGGCCGAGCUUGAGAACGGUGGUGUCGAUGAUUUGUGGGACGAGGUGUCGGGUGAACAGCCGAACUCGGAGCACAGUAGCAGCACAUGUAGUUCUGCAGAAGAAAAUGGAAGUGCAGGAUCUCAGGACGACCAUAUAGCUGAGAAAAUAAGUAAUCGUAAGCCUCUAGAAGGACGUCCAAAGUCCCUUUAUGAAUCCGAUAUGAACAAUGCAGAGAAAGUCGAGACAAAUGUCAAGAAGGAAGAGGAUGCUACGAAAACUGAACACACCGAUGAUAAAGAUGUUGUCAAUCUGAAAACUGAACACACCGAUAAUAAGGGUGUUGUCAAGGCAAUUCGUGUUCCAAUCGAAGAGGCUAAGUUGGAAGAACUAAAUAUUGAAAAGGAACGUAUCGACAGGGAUUUAGUUAAUGAUAAGCCUGAAGAGACUGUUAACCCAUCCAUAGGAACAGAUUUAACAUUAAACACUUCUGAUCAGCGUAGUGUUAAUGAAGCAGAAAGAAAGGAUACCACUAAAGAAGAUGAACUAAUAAAAUCAAAUGGAGACAUUGUACCCGAGAUCGACAGUAGUUCUGAGCUUGAUAACGAUGAAGAUCUGGAAAACACUUGCAAAACUCUUACAACUAUAGCACAGAAUAAUGAUCUUGAAGAAGACCAAACCAACAAAGAGUUUAAAAGUAAACUUAUUGACGAAAUGUACGAAAGCUUUGGAGCUGAUAUCGAUGUCGAUAUCGAUGAACCUCUCGACUUGAUUCUAAGUGAAGGCACUACCAAUUACAAACCGGACGAGAGGCUUUCUUGCGAGGAAAAAAAGACGCCGAGGGAAUUUUACCAAGAAGAUGUAGAGCCCCGCUUUACGCCCAAAACCAAAGAGCAGCUAGAGUUUGAGCUGGAUUGUGCCUUUGCAAAUGAUAAGUGUGCUUAUGACUUGAAGGAAAUGGGUAGCCAAAUGGAGGAGGAUCUAGAAGAACUCAGGCAGUCCACACAGAAUUUGGUCGGUCCUGUAAAGGAAGUGACUAGUCAAUCAGACCCUGAAUCGGAAGAUGAACCGGCCACCCAGCAUGAUGUAAAAUCUCGACUUCUCGCACAUCAAUCCAACGAGCGGCGUCUGAAGAUGAAGUUAAGAGAAGAAACAAAAGCCGGAGUGGAACCUCCAAAAGAUUUGAAUGAUUCACUCUUGAAAGAAUCAGUCACUGAUGAUAAGCAAGACCAAGCGUUCGCCAAGACAUUAGACGAUACUACGGAUAAUGGUACACUUUCAAAAGAAACAGUCACAGAAGAUGAGCAAGAUCAAUUGUUCGCCAAGAUAUUAGAUGAUGCUACUGAUAAUGUACCCAAACGGGUCUUUGGAAGUGGGUGUGAUGCGCCAAGCCAAGACUGGCCCCAGGAAGAGUGUAUGCGUCAAUUGACUAUCUCUGAAACUUCUGUCCAAGAGGAUAUCUUCAUUAAACCCAUUACAAAUAUGACUAGUGCCGAAGAGGCUGAGGAAAUUUGCAUUCAAAUGGAUAAAAAAUUGGCUGGGGAGGAGGAGGCUCUACGUAAGCUACUGCAGGACUUGGAGGACGAUGUCAAUGAAACCUAUGAUAUUGAAACGACGGUGGAGUAUGAGGAGACCAUUACCACUGAAGAAACUGACGUUGCCGGUAUUUGCAAUUCUUUGCUUGAUGAUAUCAUUGUUGAGGUGACGUUCAACGAAUUAGUGCGGGCCAAGAAACCCAAGAGUUUCGAGUUUGGUCCGAUUGAAUCCGAUGACGAGUUCAGUUACUCCGCGGAACCGGAACUGGAAAAGUUGGUGCCCCCCGAAUUGGAGGACCCAGCGCGUGGCAAAAGCCUUAGGGAAUGCCUGGACACCUUCGCCGACUUUGUUACUUCCAUGGGUGAUCCAAAAUUGCCAUUGUUGCUGGGUCGUAAACCGACCGCGGGAGUGGAGAAAAUUCGUGCCGCACAGAAGUUGCUGAAGUCUAAGAAUCUGGCAGAGUUCAACAAGGAUACGGCUGAAAGCUUGGACGCCCAGAUAGCCAAGGAAAAGGAGAAGCUCAAAAGGCGCGUGGCAGCCUCCGCUACCCGGUGCUUUAAUCAACGAGAGAAAUAUGAAGAUACUUUGGAGGUGGUCGAAAAUCGGCUAAUGGUUGUCAAGAAGGAUACUGGUGAACUGGAAGAGCUUCCACCUCCCCCAGCCUUGAUAAGUGACACUGAGUCCGAGGACUACGAUACAGCCGAGGAAGAGUAUACUCCUGGGGGCCAUAAUCAGGAAGCUCGGCGUCCAUGGACCACCCCAUAUAAGCCAAAGCCACGAAAGUCAGAGGAACAUCUGGUGAUAGAGGCUAUGCAGCAAAGAGAAAUGGAAACCGCCCUUCAAGGUUCCCCAGAAGACGGUAGGGAAGAGAACGACCCCGCUGAAGACGAAUUCUUCUCGCUGGAAGCUAUGACAACUUUCGGUAACCUUGACUCCGAAUUCUUUCAGAAACUGGAUUUCCAUGAAGUCAACGCAUCCGAUGAUGCAGAAUCGGCCAUCGAGUGUAUGCGAAGCUACAACGAACUUAAGGCCUACAUGAAGGCCGGUUCAACGGAGCACCAGCUGACCAGUGAGGAAAACGAGAUGUUGCAGGCGAUGAUCUCCAACGAGAGCUCCGAAGAAAACAUACCAAGUACUCCGAAGAGAGAGGAGGAAGAUGAUCUGCUGAAGAAAAUGGUUAUUCGUAUGAAGGAGUACGAAGAAAGGGAGCGUCAGCUCCAGCUAGCACAGGCAGACAUUCCCCAGGAGUUGGGUCCGAUUAGCUUGUCCCUGGGUGGAUCUAAGCUAUUCGAGCAAAAAAGCGAAAUUACAGAGGCGGUGAAUGGGGACUCUGAAAACAAAACUGAUGACAACCUAGAAUCUAAAGACAACGAAGAUAGUUAUCAGGAUAAACACGAAGCAAAUCACUUCACCUCAUCUCAGGUGGAAGAAUGCGUCAGAAUCCCUCGAGCAUGUCAGAACAAAAGUAUAGACGACGAUAUACAAUCUGAUGCUUCAACGGACUACGAAUCUGGCGAGGAGGUAGAUGUGGUAGAGCCGCCUAAACUUCCCGAGGCAGUCCUAAGAUCGUUCUACUCUGAGGGAUUUGAGGCAGACCUAAAAAUGGUUCACGACCUACAAGAAGCCACUCGACGAAAUAUCCAGCCGCCGACGACAAAAACUCAGAAAUCAAACAUAACUUCGAGCAGCUACUCUCAUCCAAAUAAUCUUAUGCCAGGAAUUUUUAUGCAAGAAACCCAAAAGGAAAUUAAAUCACCUUCUACUUCUGAGCAGUCCAUAAGCGCUAGGGCCAAAUGGGCCAAAAUAGCUGAAAGAUUACACGAGUUUCUUGAUCCUGAGACGAUUGAAAUGUUCAAUAAACAAGAGUUCGGUGAGAGUGACGAGUGUGAAGACGAUGAGGAUGAAAAUAUUAUUUCAGACAUACUCACGACCUCGGAAUCCGUUCCGGAAAAUACAGAGGUUUUUGAAAAAGACAAAUUUGGAAAUGCAGAAAUACUAACAGUUUUGGAUGAACAUACCAAUCAACAAAAUAUCGACAAUACAAAUUCAAGCUUCUCUAAUGGUGAAGACAUCGUUCAAAUAGAAAACCUAGAUAAAAAUAUAAUCUGUGAACAAAAGGUGAUUUCUAAUCCAGAAGUAAAAUGCUUGAUAAGCGAAGGCGGAGAAAUGAAAAGUACUUUAGCACCAGAUAAAGCUUUGGAGAAAGUACUUCAAUUCGAUAAGAAUUCUUCCCAUGAGGAACAUUGUGAAACAUCGCAAAACGAAAGUGAAAAGCUCACACCACAAGAAUCUUCUCGGACUGAACAUUUUAAGAUUGACUAUUUUGAGGACCCAGAACCAACCGAAAUCGAAAUCGAUCGUGUGCAACCAGAAUGUUUAAAAACGGAACAAAUUGAGUGCAACCUUGAGAUUUUGAGCGAAGAUGGAGACGUUGUGGUUAAGGAACUCAGUGUUAGUGCACAGGUUACCUUUAAGUAAAGGCUAGAUCCUAAUUAAUAAAUUAAAAUGUAUUUUAAAUGUUUUUUUUUUUAAUUUUUAUUGUUUCUCACUUUCUGUUAGUAAAUCGAUGAGCAUUCUAA